AAAAUCUCCGCAAGUUAGAAAACGUAAACGAAAAUUUUCCGAAGGAGGAAACAAAAAAAGAAAACGAAAACAAAAACAAAAGUUGCAGACUUUUUUGCGAUUUUUAAAGUGCGGAUCGUGAUAUUCGAUUGAACCACCUGCCUUUAAACCCCGGCGUCUUCCUCAACGAAUCAAUUCUACAGAUACUCCUUCUGAUUCAAUUGUUCGAAGGAUCCUUCUUUUAUUACCAUUUGACUGCGUGAUCCUCAGUUCGGGAAGAUUUUCCAUGCCCUACAUUGUUCUUUUGAUUAAUCCCUGUAAGUUGUGUCGGACCAUCUUUUCAUUUCUCCUUUAGAGCUUUGAGAUUCCUGUUUUCUUUUAUUUUUUCUCAUAUUGGGAGGGAGUGAAUGUAGUUUGUUUAUUUAUCUAUUCUGUGGUAUGGCCCUUUCUUUGUUUUUCAAUGGUGUCUAAUCUUUGACGUUUACAAUUUAAAUGGAUAUCAAUGAUGAAUGCAGAGUCAUUUACUCCAAAAUAAAAGAGGUUUUAGGAUAGUGUUUACAUGAUAUUUCAUUCUCUGAUUUGCUUUUGGUAUGAGGUUGUGGCAUUUUCGUGAAUGUUCUUUUAUUUCAAGCUAGCUGCUUGGAGGGCUUAGAAGGAUUGUUAGAGUCCCACAUUGGCGAGAGAUAUCAAGUGCUUAUAAAGGGUAGAACAACCCUCAACCCUCAACUUUUUAGUUGAGUUAGGCAUCCCUAAUUCUAAUAUGGUAUCAGAGUCUGUCCUAGAUCUAUUUGUUGUGGAGACCUCCCACCCGUUGAUGUUCAUUCCACGCUCCAGAUGUCCACAUUGGCUAGAGAUAUGACCAAUCAAGUGCUUAUAAAUGGUAGAGCAACCCUCAACUCUUAAGCUAGCUUUUGGGUUGAGUUAGGCAUCCCUAAUUCUAAUAAGGAUUGUUCUUGGUUGACCAAGUUUAUUUUGACAUUUUCAUGUAUUUAUUGUACAGAAAUGGUAGAAACACCCUCUCUAUAAUUGGUCUAUUGUUUAAAAAGUCAAAAUUCUUGUAAAAGUUGUCAAUUUUUAAAAAUGGACAAGAGGGUAUGUUAUGGCUGUCUAGCAUGAUUAUAUGACUUCUCAUUUUUAUUCGUGUAGUGCUUUUCUAAUUGUUAAGUGUUUCUUUAUGGCUAUUGUUGGUUUAAAACUUCAGAUUGAAGGUUGUCAAAUUUUAUGCAUGCUUUAACAUCUAAAGUAUCUAACAAUUUAAGCAUACAUGGAUUUGUGUUGUAGAGUUUAGCUUACAUAUGAUCAUCAGCUGCCAACACGGGUGAGUUUUUUUGCUAACCACCUUUUUGGUGAAUCUUCACAGUUUGUUACUGUUUUUUCUUAGUAGAUGAUCAGGUCUAUGUCUGAAUCUUGGGAUGUGCUCUGGCAUGGCUCUCUAUAGAAACAAUGGUGAGUUGUUCACCGAGAGACGAGGCGUCAUUGAUGCAGUUCUCAGUUUUCUUGGUACGAGUGAUCAUGGCUCUAGAGUUUUACGUCGUGGUAGAAGGUUUGGUCGGAUUACAAAACACAGACUUUCACGCUGGGUUUUCGUCCUGACGACACUCUUUUCAAUUUGUUUAACACUUUAUGGCCUGAAAAUGUUUUAUCAAGCUAAAAUGGAAUCUAGGUUCUCAAUUCAUUAUGAUCUCCAAGAAGAACAUAAUCUCCAAGAAAAUACUCUUGCAUCUGAUGUUGGAAAGCCACCUAAAAGCAAGCGUCGAAAGCAUUUUCCUUGUGAAGUUGGAUUUCUGGAAUCAGUCAAUGGCCUUGUUGAACCUAAGAAUUAUAUGAACUUCACAUGGUUUUCUCUAGAGUAUGUUGACCAUGAAGAAAAAUCAUCAAAUAAUUUAUUUGAACCUCGAUUUGGAGGGCAUCAGAGUCUAGAGGACAGAGAAAAUUCGUUUUAUGCAAAAAACCAAACAAUUCAUUGUGGUUUUGUCAAGGGGCCACCUGGAUAUUCAAGCACUGGGUUUGAUUUAGAUGAAAAAGAUAAGGCAUACAUGUUCAGCUGUAAGUUUUCAGUCUCUUCUUGCAUUUUUGGAAGCUCUGAUUUUCUCCGGCGGCCUACAAGUAGACUGAUCAGUCAAUAUUCAAAGGAAAAUGUUUGUUUUGUUAUGUUCAUGGAUGAUCAAACACUGUCCAAACUUUCAUCCGAAGGAAACAGUCCUGAUGAUAGAGGAUACAUUGGCUUGUGGAAAGUAGUUGUUGUAAAGAACUUGCCAUAUGAGGACAUGCGAAGAACUGGCAAGGUGCCAAAAUUUUUAUCACAUCGUCUCUUCCCAAAUUCUAGAUAUUCAAUUUGGCUUGACAGCAAGAUGCGACUCACAUCUGACCCUAUGUUAAUUAUUGAAUAUUUUUUGUGGCGAAGGAAGGCAGAGUAUGCCAUUUCAAAUCAUUAUGAUCGCCACAGUGUCUGGGAGGAGGUACUCCAAAAUAAGCGCUUAAAUAAGUAUAACCAUACAGCAAUUGAUGAACAGUUCAACUUUUACCAGUCUGAUGGCUUCCUCGAGUUUGACCCAUCAAGCCCAAAUAAUCCUCUUCCGAGUUAUGUUCCUGAGGGUUCACUUAUUGUUAGGGCGCAUACACCAAUGUCAAAUUUAUUUUCAUGUCUUUGGUUCAAUGAAGUUGAUCGAUUUACAUCUCGUGAUCAAUUAAGCUUUGCUUAUACUUAUUUGAAACUCAAGAGAAUGAAUCCAGAGAGGCUAUUACAGCUAUAUAUGUUCAAGGAUUGUGAACGCAGAGCAUUAGUGAAGCUAUUCCGUCACAGGGCAGUCCCUGUUUGAUCAAUUCCAGCUCUUUAAGGUGCCUUUUGCUGCCUCUUGACUCUGUGCUGUACAAUUUGGCUGUUUUUCAGAGUCACCAUACGAACUUGAACAUAUUAUUCUUUGUACGGUUUCGCUAACUGUCAUCCUUGAUGAAUUAGCUCACUCAAGUAUAUAUGAUAUGACUUGAGGAGCUAUCUGAUCAAUUUUGUAAUGAGAGAAUUAAUGCCAUUUGAUGUCGCACCCGUUACUUGAAUUUAGAAGAUGAAGAGGCCUUCCUUAGGGUAAGCUCAGUACAGCUGAUAGUUGGAAAAUGAAAAUUGAAUGAAUUGAAAAUUUGGAAUGAAAAUAAACUGAAACUUGCUUGGUACUACGAAAUUGGGAAAAUGAGAAAAAUAGGAUGUCUGUCUUUUUUUUUUGCACGCCUUAUGACCACAGGAAAUUCAAAACCUUUCAAUGUAUCUCCGAAUAAUAGCUUAAGUGGUAAGAGCCGGGUGACAUAUGAGUUGGGGAUGGGUAGGUCUAGGGAUCAAUCCCUGGAGGUGUAAUUUAUCUUUGAAAUGAAAUGCCUCAAUGUUGAUAUAUGAGCUGGAAUAAAGAGAAGAAAACUGAAUUACUUAAGAAAAGGGGGAUUCUUAUUCUUGUAGCCAUGAUUCAAGAGUGAUAGCGGAUGCAUUGUUGUGGCCAAGAUUUGAACUCCAUUAUGGGGUUCGGUGAAAGUUUUGAGGGA